CACUAAACACAACCACCGUCUCUGACGCUUGUGUCUUUGUCUUCGAGAAAGAUGUCGUGUUCGCUGAGCGAUGGUGUCGCAUACUCAGCUGAAGUUACUGCAACUUGGACUCUUCUCAUCGUACUCCUUGCCUCCAAUAAUCUCUCUACUGCAGUCCCGCUACUACUACUUUCUGUUUUGGAGUGCGCAUCUGCCUAGUUGUUGUGCACGCGGGGUUUCUGACGCUGCUCGUUGACUGCUGGUUUGGAAAAUCAGCGCGCUCGCUGCCACUGCUUCUGCAGCUUAAGGGUAGAAAUUCAGGCCCUGGAAGCUCAAUAUUCCGUGGUCGGUGCUAGGCCUCUGCAAUUUGCAUCCAGCGGAAUGGGCAUGAUCAGUACUUGAGAUCUUGAGAACACGAGGCGCCUGGUUUUCUGAUCUGUUGUGGCGGACACUCAUCACCAGGACUGAGGACUGAUCGACUUGCAGAGGUUGGCAGAGGGAUUCCAAGGACAAUUCCUGGGAUACUAUCACAAGGUUUAGGGGGAGGGUGUGAUUGAGUUGUUGAAGAUGGGCGGGCUGGACUUCAGCAGGCGAAGCUCGGCGGCGGAGUCUUGCUUCGUGGUGGUCAUUGCAUUGAGCUUGUUGCUUGUAACUCAGGUGCGAGCUCAAAAUAUAGGCGUGGGAUUCUACGACCAAAGCUGUCCGCGGGCAGAGAGCAUUGUCACCGAGACAGUGAGAGAGUUCAACUCGAGGGAUGCCACCGUUCCUGCUGCAUUGCUCCGUCUCCUGUUCCACGAUUGCUUCGUUGAGGGUUGUGAUGGGUCAUUGCUCUUGGACCCAAGUCCCGAAAAUCCCGACGUCGAGAAAGCGGCGUCCCCCAACCUAACAGUGCGGGGCUACGACGUCAUCGACGCUGCAAAGGCACGCCUCGAAGUUGAGUGUCCACAGACUGUCUCCUGCGCCGACAUUGUCGCUCUUGCUGCGAGGGAUUCCGCCGUACUUGCUGGGUUGAAUUUUCAAGGCCUCCCCUUAACUAUGGCGACUGGACGAUGGGAUGGGCGCGUUUCCAGCAGAAAUGCCGCGGAGGCUGCACUUCCUUCUUCGAAAUCUAAUGUGCAGCAGCUGACAGCGCAGUUUAGUAACAAGGGUCUUUCUCAAGACGAAAUGGUGACUCUCUCAGGUGCUCACUCAAUCGGCGUAGCCCACUGCUCGAACUUCAUGGACCGGCUCUACGACUUCCCAGGGUCGCCGAAUGGAGUGGAUCCCACGCUGGACCCUGACUACGCCGCUGAAUUGCAGGCAAAGUGUCCUCGAGGUAACCCCAACCCAAACACGGUAGUAAACAUGGACCCCCAAACGCCCUUCGUCAUCGACAACAACUUCUACAGCAAUGGAUUCGCCGGCAAAGUGCUGUUCAGCUCCGACAUGGCACUCUUCAACGACUUCGAAACCCAGUUCACGUCCGACCUGAACGUCGUGAACGGGAUCACUUGGAACCAGAAGUUCGGCAACGCUUUGGCUCAGAUGGCCGCCAUAGAUAUCAAGGACGACUUCGACGGCGAGGUUCGUCUCAACUGCCGCAGGAUCAACUGAUCCGGCGUCUCAAAACACCCAUACACAUGUGAGAUUUCUCAAUCAAAUCCACAGUCUAAACGUAGUUCUAUUCUAACCAACUCUAGAAAUCUAAAUUCUUUUCUCUUCAAGGCAGAUCAAUGCUUCCUGAAGGGGUGUCUAGCAUAACAUACAUUAGAAUCUCGCCAUCGCUGUACACAAUCCACCCAGUCGAUCUCUAAUUUUGACCUGCAACAACAAGCCAAUACGACGACGACGACGACUUAUUAUUGACAGUGGCGAAAUGAGUGAGCACCAAAUCUGUGGUGCUCACAGUGAGAAAUUAGCACCAUCGCAGCGAUAGAAUUUAAACUACUUCCGUGGCUUGGAUCUCACAACACACACCAGCCUCAUACUAUGUUGUUGUAUUACUGUCCACUGGUUCUAUUCUUUAGCCUGUGGUGUGGCAUUUUGCACCAUAUCCAUGGUGAUUUCACAUGCCUUUCUGCUGUAGUUCACUUCCGUCUACUCCCCAUUGAUAAUCCAUGGUUGGUUUAGUGUUAGUGGUGCUGCCAUGCGUUUUAAUGGGUCGUGGUAGUGAUUGUGUGACAUUGAUAUUGUAAUAUUUUGAGGUGGGUUGAGUUUGAGCAGUGUUGGUGCUGAA